ACUGGCAUGUAAACCCAAACGGACUAAGGCUUUGUUUCCUGUUCGGGUCAAUCGCCCGGUCUUUCAAAUACCGGUGUCGCCUUUAAAACGAGAGCUUUAUAUUCCUUUUCUUUUCUUGUUUUUAUCAGUUCUUAUUGAUCGAGAAAAAUGGGGAAUACGUCGUGCGUAUUUUGCACGUGCAUCGGGCAGGCGAGUAUAGGCGUGGUGGAGAGGUGGGGUCGUUUCGAGAAGUUGGCGGAUCCUGGCCUCCACUUCUUCAACCCCUUCGCCGGCCAGUGGCUCGCUGGUAUCCUCUCUACCAGAAUCUCCUCCCUCGAUGUGCGCAUCGAAACCAAAACCAAGGACAAUGUGUUUGUGCAAUUGCUUUGCUCGAUUCAAUACCGAGUGGUAAAGGCACAUGCUGAUGAUGCAUUUUAUGAGCUGCAAAAUCCCAAAGAACAGAUCCAGGCUUAUGUUUUUGAUGUGGUUCGAGCUCUAGUUCCAAGGAUGAAUUUGGACGAUCUCUUUGAACAAAAGGGUGAGGUUGCUAAAGCUGUUCUUGAGGAACUUGAGAAGGUGAUGGGAGAAUAUGGAUAUAGCAUUGAGCACAUACUGUUGGUUGACAUUGUACCUGAUGCUGCUGUGCGCAAGGCAAUGAAUGAGAUAAAUGCAGCUCAAAGACUUCAGCUUGCCAGUGUGUACAAAGGGGAAGCUGAGAAGGUGCUCCAAGUUAAAAGAGCAGAAGCUGAGGCUGAAUCCAAGUACCUGGGUGGUGUUGGUGUGGCCAGGCAGCGCCAGGCAAUCACAGAUGGCUUGAGGGAGAACAUCUUGAAUUUCUCUCACAAGGUGGAAGGCACCUCAGCCAAGGAGGUGAUGGAUCUUAUAAUGAUCACGCAGUACUUUGAUACAAUCAAGGACCUUGGGAACUCCUCUAAGAACACUACUGUUUUUAUUCCCCACGGACCUGGCCAUGUUAGGGAUAUUGGUGAGCAGAUACGCAAUGGGCUGAUGGAGGCAGCUAGUGCGCAUGUAAAUAUUGAAUAAAUAUCAGAAUAAAGAAAAUGGUUGUUUUCAAGUGAAAGUGUAGACAAUAAAAUAGGUUCAUCGUUGUGGCAGAUUUGUCAUACGGUGCUUUUACUUAAGUCAGUGAGGCGAUAAGAGUGGAUGAUGUAAGGCUGUUAAAAAGAUUUAACAUUUUGAUGAUAUAUGUCACUUUUCUUUGUUUUAA